UUAAUGCCAGCUGAGCUGAACAUUUUCUAAAGAUUUGUAAUGCUGUACAGCUCUUGUAGUGGAUUGUGCAGAUGUACCAUUUUGUUGUGAAUACUCAUGAUCAAUCAAAUAAAUUAUUCAUUGAUAAUUAAUCAAAUCCAGUUGUAAGGUGGAAAUUGCAAAAAUGUUUCAGAACAUAUACUGAUUUUACAUACUGUUAAAUUAAGCGGGACCAUGUGUAAUGAUUUCAGUGAAUUUCAACAGGAUGUUUUCCAAAGAGCACUGUGGGCGAAGUGACGUGCACACAUCCAGCAGCCCAGUGACACGCAGUUGUCCAAAUGCCCACAACGCAAAAGACUACAGUGAACAUGCCCGUCAAAAUGAAAGGCGGCAAAGCAAAUGUGUACAAUCCGCACUGCGGGGCAGAUGCCGGGUGAAGGCCAACGACAGAGAGCGUCACCGGAUGCACAACCUCAACUGUGCUCUGAACACGCUCAGAAACAUAUUGCCAGCUCUGCCCGAGGAUGCCAAAAUGACCAAGAUAGAAACUCUGCGGUUUGCCCACAACUACAUCUGGGCCCUGACUGCGACUCUACGUAUCGAGCAACAGGAACACAAUGUCGACUACCUGCCUGCCCUCAGCCUGGCCUGUCCACAUGGAGCCGAGGCUCACUUGGCACAUUCUGAUCAAAACUGUUGUGCCUCACCAACCUUUUAUCCCAACAGACUCUACAGUGAGACAGAGCUCAGGUAUUAGUGGCAAUAAAAUUCUGAUGCCUACAUUUAUACGGUCACCUUCACAGUUAGUGGGUGCAAAAACAUUUACAAGUGGCUAUUUAUUUAUUUUGCAUCAUAUGAAUAACUUCACCUUUUUAUGUGCUUUAUUUUCUCGCUAUUGGAUCGGUCUUGCUGAAGAUACAGUAUAGCACUUUAGUUUUACGGGCACUUCUUUGACAGAGGCGACCAAAUUAAGAACAAAAAGGCGACUAAUUAAACUAAAAUAUUUAUUUGGCAUUGAUAUGAAAAUGUUUUUGAAAUAGUUUUGCAUAAUCGUCUUAUUCAAUAAAAACAAUACAAAAAUUAUGCAUUUUGUGUGUUGUCAAACUGUGUCCCUUGUUCCCAGGGGUAAAAAAAAAAAAAAAAGUGUUAUAAAACAAACGUCUACAAAAACCAUGGUCCUUUUCCUGUGAAUACUGGACUAAUCAUCAUUCAAAUCAGUGG